UUUCCGAGAAACUUAAUAGGGUAAAUACCACCACAAUUCCCAAUCAAUCCAACCGAAAAGGAUUUAUAUACAGUGUUACCUGCAAUCGAACCGUCAUUUACAAACCACCAAGCAAUCGAGCACAUUAUACAUUUGUCUCCGAACUGACAUUCGUUGACACAAUGGGCAAAUACGUGGUGAAAAUCGUCAAACCCUUCAAAGAAGACAGGAUCCUUAAACCCCGCAAAACAACCAAAUCCAAGGAUUGCGCGUCCAGGAUCAUCAAGUGCCGCGAGAGGGCCCUCAGGAAGUACGAGCGCUCGGGCUCCUUGGAGGACGAGGCGGAGUACAUCAGCAUUUGCAACGUGGUGAAGAGGGUGAUGGGCAAGGCGAAGGCGAAGGCGAAAGGAUCGGAGCGCGGCCCGAAGGAGAAGAUGGCGAGGAAUCUGGAACGGUCCAUUGGGAAAUUGGUGGCCAAGAACGUCAAAUCCAGGCUCAUCAUGAGGCUGACCGAUGACUACAAGCACGAGGUGUUGUACAAAGGUACGCAUUCCGCUAUAACGCAGUUGGUUAAGUUGCAUAGGAAGAUUCAAUGUGGUGAUGUUGUUUCGUAGCAUUUAGGAAAUAUAUGUAGUUGUUUUGUUGUAUUGUACUGUGAAUUUGUUUGUAAUUUUAUGUUGACGUGUGUCUACGGGUGACAAUUGUAUAGGUUUUUUUUUAAUUAAAUUCUAUAAAUUAAUAUUUUUGUGUUUGUUAUGUAAGUUGUAUGUUGGACGUAGGAAGGUCUUGCUGGAUGCGAU